AUGAAACGUGAAAAGUAUGAGAUAUAUUUAAAUAACGACAAGUAUUACAAAGUUGUUGGAAUCUAUACGAAACAUGAACCAUUAUUGACUGCUCUACAAGAAAAUAUUCGUUAUUUAAUAAAACAAACAGAAGCAGCAGGUUUAUUUGAUCAAGAUGAACGAUCAAUGAGAAAUUUAAAUCGAGAAUUAUAUACAUUUAAUUGUUUUUUUGCAUUCAAACAAGUUCUUUUAAAAACUGAUUACAAUAGCGAUGCAGCAAAACGUGAAAUGAUUGAAAUAUGUCGGAAUUAUUAUCGUAACAAUAAAAAAGAACUAAUGAAUAUUGAUGAAUUUGAACGAACAUACGAAUCACAGGAUGCAAUCUAUUGGUAUACUAAACAAACAUUUCUCUAUCGUUUAGUAAAUAAAGCAUUACGAACUGAAGACUAUGAAGCAAUGUUGGUGCUUCGAUUUUUUAUCCUUGAUUUAUGCGAAAGCCUUCGACAAAAUUACGAAGAAUUAAAACAACAUUCACAGAUUGUUAUAUCCUAUCGUGGACUAAAGUUAACACCACAAGAGAUUUAUAAUCUUAAACAGAAUGUAGAUGAAACAAUAGCAACAAAUGGAUUUCUAUCGACUAGCAGAUCAAAAGAUGUUGCUUAUGCAUUUGCAAAGAAAGGUACAAAACGUUCGAAUGUUGAAACAGUUAUGCUGGAAAUUGAUGUGGAUAUGUCAAAAGUAACAGUAAUUCUAGCUGAUAUUGCUCAAUAUAGUGAUUAUCCAGAAGAACAAGAGAUUCUCUUCGAUUCAGGUGCAUCAUUUACUAUAAAUUCAGUACUUUAUGAUAUGAUAGAGAAGAUAUGGGUUGUUAAAUUGACAGCUAAGGCAGAAGAGUCAUGGAUUAGCGAUAUACAAACAUUCCUGAACGAAUAUAGUUCAGAAAGAGAUAUGAACAUAUUGUUGGGUAAACUAUUGUAUAGAAUGGAAAAGUACAGCGUAUGUCGAAAAUAUUUCAAAAACCUUAUCAAUAUCUAUGGAAAUGAAGAACACGAAAAAUUAGCUAAAAUUUAUGAUUAUAUUGGAAGAUCGUCCCAUUGGCUGGAAGAUCGUGACGAAGCUAUUGUUAAUUGUGAAAAAGCAUUUGAGUAUUAUGUUUUUAUAAAUCGUUUGGAAGAUGCUGCCAUGAUAACAAGUUUGAUUGCUACUCAGUAUAAGAUUAAAGAUGAUAAAGUGAAUGGACGACUUUAUCUCAUGAAAUCAUACGAUAUGUGGAAGGAAACGCCGACAUAUUAUUCAGAAAAUCCUCAUUGUGGCAUAGGUCGUAUAAUGAUAUUGUUUGGCUUAUUUGAAGAAGAUAAUCUAAUAAUACGUGAUUAUUUCUUAAAAGCUUUGAAAAUAUAUGAAAAUCCAUCUAACACGUGUGAACAUAGCGAUCACGAUGAAGAGAUUGCAAUAGUGUGUCAAGUUAUAGCAAAUAUAUAUUAUGAAGAUAACGAUUAUGACAAAGCAUUCGAGUAUAUUAUGAAAAGUAUCAAUAUUCUAGGAAAAAAAAUGGUGUCAGCUCGAACUCGUAAAUACUACGUUGGUUGUCUCAACCUGUUAUGGAGCAUUUGUGACAAAACCCAUAACGAUUUUUGGUCGACAUAUAAAAACCAGUUCGAUCAGUUGUUCGAUAUUGAACUUGUUCAAUUAGAUCCUGACCUCAAAGACCUGUUCGACAGUACAAUUGAUGUACGAAGAAUACAUCUUGACACUAGAGAUGCUGAUAGUAGAGUAUCAGCUGAGUUUUUACAACAUUCAUUGAAAUUAUUGAAAUUUCUUCUAAAAUCCGAUCCAAAGAAUUAUGAGAAAAUUAUCCAAGCACAUAUAGACAUUGGUCUAGCUUAUGAGAAAACAAAAGAUUACGAUUGGUCAUGUCAACACUAUGAAAAAGCUUUAGAAAUGUGUCAAACAUACGCUCCAAAUAAUUCAAAACAGAUUUCAACAAUUUUUAAACAUUUAAGUGAUAUAAGUUUGGAUAGAAAAAAUUUUGAUCAUGCUAUUAAUCUUCGAAUGAAAUCGCUUAGUGUGAACGAAAAAACAUAUCAUUUAACAGAGAAAGAAAACGAAGCUCAAUGUUAUUAUGAUAUUGGUCAGAAAUUCCUAUCUACUGAUCCUGACAAAGUACUUGAAUUUAUUCAAAAAUCAUUAGAAAUUCGACAACAAAUUUUACCAGAACAUCACGUCAACAUUGCCUUUUGCCAUCAUGAUAUUGGUGUUGCUUACGAGAAGAAAGAUAUGUUUGAUGCAGCACUAGAACAUUACGAAAAAGCUAUUGAAAUAUAUGAAAAACAUUUAUUUGAUAAAGAAGAAUAUCAAUUUAAUGUCAAGAAGGCGUACGGUCGAUGUUCUUCUAAUAUUGCUAAAAUUUAUUGUCAUCAAAGAAAAUAUGAUAAUGCAUUUACUUAUAGAAUGAAAGCAUCAAGUAUUGACGAAAAGUACUGUGAUUUAAGCGAAAAAGAAAAGGAAGCACAAUGUUACUUUGACAUUGGUAAAGAGUUAUAUGGGACAGAUCCUAAUAAAGAACUUGAAUUUACUGUAAAGUCAUUACAAAUUCGACAAGAAAUUUUACCAAGAGACCACAUCACCAUUGGUUUUUGUUAUCAUGAAAUAGGUGCAGUUUACGAAAAAAAAGUCAUACUUGACACAGCAUUAGAACAUUACAAAAAGGCAAUUGAGAUUUAUGAAAAACAUUUAUUUGAUAAAGAAGAAUAUCAAUUUAACGUCAAAAAAUGUAACGAUAUAUGUCAUACUAAUGUUUAUAUAAUUUAUUGUCGUCAAAGAAAAUAUGAUGAUGCAUUCGUAUAUAGAAUGAAAGCAUUAUGUGUCGACGACAAGAAAUGUCAUUUAACUGAAAAAGAAAAAGAAGCACACUGUUACUUUGACAUUGGUAAUGAGUUAUGUUGCACAGAUCCUGAUAAAGCACUUGAAUUUACCAUUAAAUCAUUAGAUAUUCGACAACAAGUGUUACCAAGAGACCACAUCACCAUUGGUUUUUGUCAUCAUAAUAUUGGUGCAAGUUACGAAAAAAAA